AUGGUCAGGAUUAACCCCUUCCUCUGCGCCGAGUUGCAAGAAGGCUUGCUUGAGCUGACCGACAACUACUUCCUUAACGAAGAAGACGCGGACAUGUCGAGUGACAGAUUCUUCACUGCGGGUGACUUUGACGAACUCGCAAACCAUACCGCCGUGGAGGCUAUUUGGAGUACAGAGCUGGACGCCGGCGAAGAUCCUCAACAGCCACAAGAUGCAGUCGAGACCAACACCACAAUACACGACGACACUACACAAGACCCGCAACGCCACAUCUUCCAAUUCUUUGAGCUUCCAGGCGAACUUCGCAAUCACAUCUACGACGACUGCCUCACAGACAAAGCCUUAGGACCUAGCACCAUCUCAGGCGUCCAGAUUAUCGCCAGGGACACAACACCAACAAACCUCCUCACGAUAUCCAAGCAAUUCCAGCACGAGCUCACAGCUCGCCAACCUCAAUGCAAGACCGCACUCAUCACCAAGCACAUCUCCCUCGACAUUGGCCUCGACCUCACAGACUUCACGAUCCCAACAGCGCUUCCGGAGUUCGAAAAUAUUGUGAUUCCUAUCUACUCGGAUGUGGAGACUUUCUGGGCUGAUUUCAAGCUACUGAAGCCGGGUCUCGCUAGUCUCCUGCCACAGCUGGCAUCGAAGCAGAAAGUCUCGGUGUGUUGGGUUGUGACUGGGACGAGGCCGAGUGGAAAGUCGUGGGCGGGGAUUAAGUGGCGGAGAAUCUUCAGGCAGACAAAGAGUGCUUUGAGGCGGAGAAAGGUCAGUAAGGGGGUGGAGGUUUAUGUUUGCUGGGGGAAGAAGAGGGUUGAGGAGGAGGACGAGAAGGUACUGUUUGAGAUGGACGAGACGAAGAUUCAAUGGAGUUCGGAGACUGAUGAGAUGGAGGAGCUGUGGAAGUGA